CGGAGGGCCAGUCGCAUUAGAAAAUACAACACAAACAUGAUGAGUCAAACCAUUGGAGUAUUUGGACUGCUUUUCCUAACUUUGGCAAACUGCCAGGUGAUCCGAGUGGAGACAGAUACCACAAACUACGGACCCGUCUCUAUGGUGGUGGACAACCUGGCGGAGAUUGCUGUAGAUGUCAGCGACGAAACCACCGCUCAGUUAGAGGGCAAAAUAAACCGGACUCAGCAGGAUAUCGCCGGAAACAUCGAGGUCCUCACCGCCAAUGCAUUGGCCCAAUUAAGUGACGUGAUCUUCGAAACCAACCAGAUAUUGGUGGCCAAUCCCGACUGCAAUGUGGCCUGGAGUUUGGAUGAUCUUAACGACAAUGUGACCCAUCAAGUGGGUGGUUGCAUGGGCGGUUUGGGAGAUCUCUUGGAGAGCUUCCGCCUGGAGGGACAGCUGGCCCUGGAAAGGAUCCAGGAGCUAGUGCAGGAGAUGGCCCAGUUGCCAGCCAAGUGCCAGAUGUUGGGCGCUUCCCCACUCAAUCCUGUGGCUUCGGCGGGUGGAAGUGUUUGCUUCAUCAACGCCAUGGCGGAGAUCAACAAAGGAAUGGCCCAAUCCCUGCACAAUGCCUCCCUGCUCCUGGUGCAAACCCAUCAGACCACCGAGGAGCAAGUGGAGCAGGCACAGCGGUGCUGUGCCACUGUGGUCCAGCAGGUUGGCGACUAUCUGCACGAAGAGCAGGAUCAAUGCCAGCAACAGUGAACCCUUCCUGUGAGCAAUAGUCCUACUACCAGAGAGUCCAGGCAAAUGCAGCCAAUGGCAAAUUUAUGCACCCACAAGAUGACAGGGGCCGAGGACUCGCCACAUCCUGUUCACUUAUUGCUUAUGCAUGACAUUUAUUUGACAAGUUUUUGAUUGAUUUUACAGCUGCUGCAGCCGAUCUGGUGCAGCUAUCUGCAUAUUCGUAGGCACAGUGGAACCUCUCUUAAAUGGUUUUACAAAAUCCCU